GAUUGACAGCGGGCAGCAGCUGCUGAGAUACCGAGACAUGGCGGAGCGUACACAUUAAGUGGGCAACAUCAGAAGAGUUGCGCUACUUUUCCUCACGUACAAGUCCGCACUUGGCGAAAUAAAUGGCCAGGGAGAAAGUAUACUAGUGCGCGAGCGGAAAUGGACGAAGUUACCUCACGUAAGUGAUCCGGAGAAAUGUAUCGCUGUUUAGUGCGGUCAACAGCCUUGGGCGACAAAUAUGGCUCCUGUGCCUUUCUGCUGUUUGUAAUGAAAAAGCGCUUCGUUGAGCCAUCGCAUCUCACUCAAAUCCCACAAGUGAGCCGAUAGAGAGAAGUUCCCGGCGCGUUCAUCGGUUUGGGUUGGGGAAUCGGGUCUGAGGGGAUAGCGCUGAGCUAGCUAGUUAGCUAAUGAACUGCAAUGGAGCCCAAGCACAAAGAGUUACUACACCAGUGCCACCAGAACUUACUGGAGUCCAUCACGGAUCCGGACCAGCUCAUAGAGCUCCUGGGGAAAUCCGGAACCCUCAGCGAGCAGGAGACGCUCGACUUGGACCAGAACUGCUCGUCCAGCGCUGAGAAGGUGGAGCAGCUCCUAAAGAUGCUCGUGAACAAGCAAAGCGACCAUUUCCUGGAGCUGUGUGUGGCCCUGGAGAAGACAUACCCUCACCUGUACACUGCCAUCUUCAACAACGGUGGAGGACCUCCUGAACACUCCGGGUCCACUUACAGCGUCCUGUCCACGAUGCCAUCAGACUCUGAGAGCAGCAGUUCACUCAGCAGUGUCGGUACCAAAGCCUCAUCACCUCCACCUGUGCUCGGUGACACCCGGCCGGCCAGCGAGAACCUGGACACCGUCCUAUUCCAGCUGAGGCAAGUCACAAGGGAACGGGAUGAUCUACGUAAGCGAUUGGCUCUUGCAUCACCUGGCACCACUUUCGAUGACUGCAGGCCAAAUUCCAAACCUGGUCAUGACUACGAGCGUCUGAAAUCGCAGUGCAUGAAGGCCAUGGCAGACCUGCAGUCCUUGCAGAACCAGCACACCAAGACUCUGAAGAGGUGCGAGGAGGCCGUGAAGGAGGCUGACUAUUACCACAUGCAGCACAGCCGUCUCCUGAGCGAUCAGUCUCAGCUCAAGGACGAGAUGGAGGCUAUAAAGAGGGAGAACGGCAAGCUGGUUCGGGAACACAACCAUCUUAAACAGAGCUGCGAGGAGCUCAGGAGACUACACUCUGAAGAUCAGCGUGAGGUGGCCGACAUGAGGCUACAGCAGCAGCAGGUGAUCAGGGAGAAUGGUUCAUCUGAGGUUUUAAAUAAGCUUUAUGACACAGCCAUGGACAAACUGGAGGGUGUAAAGAAAGAAUAUGACACCUUGAGCAAGCGAUACAGCGAAAAGGUGGCCAGUCACAACACAGAUCUGAGUCGACUGGAGCAAGUGGAAGAAGAAAACAGACGCUUGCAAAAACAAAUCGAUGCUUUGCUGAAACAGCGCGACACAGCCAUCCAGUACCAACAGCAGUGGACCACAUCUAUGAGGCGAUUUGACACUGUACAGCAGGAGCUGACUAAGGCUUCAGUCCAGAACAAGGAGUUACAAAGGGAGAUGGAGAGACUCCAGUCGGAGGUGACGCGCUACAAGAACUUCCAGCUGAAGGCCGUGAAGGAUGCGGAGAAGUUUAAGGAGGAGCGAGAUUCUGUGUUUAAUGAAUACAGGCUAAUCAUGAGCGAGCGGGACCAGGUCAUCAAAGAGGUGGACAAGCUGCAGACGGAGCUGGAGGCUGCCGAGGCCCGACUUAAGAAUAAUACAUCAGAGAGGAUGGUGGCUAGUGAGGAGUUGGAAGCUCUCAGACAGGAGCUAAAUUCAUCGCUGGUGGAUCGGGACCGUGCCAUCUGUGAGAGGAACGAGCUGCUGGAAAAAUACUGCCAUGAGGUGAAGGACAAAGCGGAGGCACAGAAAGAGCUGAGUCAGGCCUGUAAAGACAUCGAGACCGUGCGGGAGGAGAGAGAUGUGGCCAGGAAAGAGAGGACCGAAGCCAUCAUCCAGAGAGACCAGCUACUGCGUGAAUACUACCAGGCCAGACAGAAACAAGACUCCGCUACGGUGGACAUGGAGCGUGCCAAUAAAGAAAUCGAAGUGUUGAGGAAGCAGUGCGAGGCCAUGUCUCAGGAACUGAAGGAGGCCGUGCAGGAGGCCGAGGUGGCCAAGUGUCGCAGAGAUUGGGCAUUUCAGGAGAGAGACAAGAUUGUUGCUGAGAGAGAGAGCAUACGGACGUUAUGUGAUAACCUUCGCAGGGAGAGAGACCGGGCCGUCAGCGAUCUGGCCGACGCUCUCCGUAACCUUGACGACAUGAGGAAGCAGAGGAACGAUGCCACCAGGGAGCUUAAAGAGCUCAAGGAGAAGAUGGAGAGCCAGUUGGAGAAAGAGGCGCGUUUUUGCCAGCUGAUGGCUCACAGCUCCCAUGAUUCAGCCAUAGACACAGAUUCAUUGGAGUGGGAGACAGAAGUGGUGGAGUUUGAGAAGGACCGGGACGACAUGGAUUUGAAGGCGCUAGGGUUUGACAUUGCAGAAGGGGUAAAUGAUCCAUAUUUACCAGGGGAUUGUGGGAUAUUUGUGACCAGGGUGGACAAAGGAAGUAUCGCAGAUGGAAGAUUAAGGGUGAAUGAUUGGCUCCUGAAGAUAAAUGAUGUGGACCUGACUAGCAAAGACAGAAAACAGGUCAUCAAAGCUGUUCUUAAUGGUGGAGGCCUCAUCAAUAUGGUGGUUCGCAGAAGAAAAUCUUUAGGAGGGAGACUAGUUACUCCUGUUCACAUCAAUCUUAUCGGACACAAAGACGCUGGUAUUACCCUUGAGGGUGGCGUCUAUGUGGCCGCUAUUGCACCGGGAAGCCCCGCUGCCAGAGAGGGAUCUCUUGCUAUCGGAGACCGUCUCAUUGCUAUAAAUGGGAUCGCUCUGGAUAACAAAUCUCUGAGUGAAUGUGAAGCUCUGCUGAGGGGCGGCAGGGACUCGCUCAGUCUGUCGCUCAUGAAGUUUUUCCCCCAGAGCACAUCAGGCCAGAACAUCUUCGAGAGCCUGAGAGAGGCCGAAAAAUCCAACGGCAGAAUCCACCUGACAGACGUCCACUCUCGAAACAGCAGGAACCUCAAACACAAUAGCUCCACCCAGACAGACAUUUACAGCGGAGAAGCUGGAGGAGGGGGUGGUGAAAGAAGAAAGACCAGGACAGACACAGAUGAGAGCAGUUACCCCGAGAGGAAGGUUUUCCCCAUCUCCACCAUGCACCCCAACACCCUUCGACCCGCCUCAGAGCUGGGGCUGCCCCGCUACGCUGGCAGUGCUUUUCAAGAGCUCUGCUUUAACCGCUCCGAGUCGGUCGGCCCCGAAUGCGUUACCCUGGAGACCACCCUGGAAAAGAAACAUAGUGGCGGCACUUGGCCCAAAAUGGUAGUGGGUGUUGCCAUGACAACCGACAGCCCUGCGCAACUUUCCAUAUACAGGUCACCCAAGCAGAGGAAGUCCAUCUUUGAUGGCGAUGCCUUUAAAAGGCCCGACCCGCCCUCAAAGGCAGACUACCUGAUGGGCCAUUCUCCACAGGGCUCGAAAGUCGACUCCACCCCAACACCCCCCACCCCGCCCACACGCAGCGACUCGUUCAAGUUCAAGCACAAACAUCAGGGCAGCUCCACCUCCGAGUCCACCAUCACUGCGACCUCUGAACCUAAGCAGGAGGACCGUAAUGGUAACUUGUACUUCACUGACACCGGGCGCGAUGGAAAGGUCUUGAGCUCCAGGAAGUCCUGCGAGGAGGAUAUCGGCCGGAUGCGGCCAGAGGAACCGGAGGUGAAGCGUCCGAGGCCCAAAUCAGCCCCGGCGCUCAGACACAGAAUGACACCUCAGAUCAUUCCUCUCCAGAGCUUCCAGAGUUAUUCAAAUGAAGGGGACUCAGUGGAGCAGAGGGAGAAGCUACGUUCCUCUCCAAACCGACCUCACAGACACAGCAUGGGUUUUGUGCCCACAUCUUAUAAUGGAACCCUUCCUCCAAACUCAGCACACCGGGGACUAUCCCCCUGCUCCGCCGUAACAGCCGUUAUGAAGAACCCUGUUUACAUGGUCCGGAGCCACAGAGUUGCUAACAACUGCCCUCCUGUCACCAGCCAAAUCAAUCAGCAGCACACACACCCCAGUCCUCAGCAUCAAGGUCAACUAAGCCUGGACCUAAGCCAAAAACCAUCAACAGACUACACAGAGUCAUCCCGGAGCAGCCGAGCCUCAAAUGGCACCAACUCACUGCCAUCCAGCACUAGACUCGGUUCGUCAAAUAACUUGCAGUAUCGCACUGAAAGAAUAAAGAUCCCCUCCACACCACGCUAUCCUCGCUCGGUACUCAACUCUGACAGAGGGUCGCUGUCUCAUUCAGAUUGCAGCAGUCCCAGUCUCAUCACUCCACCCAUGUCACCUCUCAACCUGGAGACAUCCUCCUUUACCUCCAGCCAGUCUCAGGGUUCCAUCAGCACCCUGCCCAGGAUCUCCGUCAGCCCUGUGCCCGCGGGAGAACGAAGAAAAGACAGAUCUCUGUAUCGUAACAGAUCCUUUCUGAGAAUUCCUCUGGCUGCUAGGCCGAGGUUCUGCUCGCUCAGAAGCCUGAGACCAUUCCUGGAAGAGCCACGUAAUGUCAUCGUGCACAAAGGGGCCGAGCCUCUCGGCAUCUCUAUCGUGAGCGGAGAGAACGGAGGAAUCUUCGUCUCUAAAGUGACGGGCGGCAGCAUUGCACACCAAGCAGGGCUAGAGUAUGGAGACCAGCUAUUGGAGUAUAAUGGCAUAAACCUGAGGAAUGCCACGGAGCAGCAGGCUCGCCUCAUCAUCGGUCAGCAGUGUGAUACCAUUACGAUCAUGGCCCAGUAUAAUCCGCACAUGUACCAACUGGGCAAUCACUCUCGCUCCAGCUCACGGUUGGAGCCAGUGAGCGCUCAGUCCACUCCUCAGGGCAGCGGAGCCACCACCCCAGAUAACCACUCUAAUAUAGACACCCUCAGUGAACAGGAUGAAGGCACGCUCACCCCUUCCUCCAAACAGACCACACCCACCACCAGCCCUCAUAGAUUCAUCAGAAAAUCACCAGACAGCUCCAAGAAACUUCCAGAGCCUCGACUGGUAACAGUGAGGAAGACUCAGGUUGAGCUGGGGAUUCAGCUUUGUGGAGGAAACCUACGGGGUAUUUUUGUGGAAGGACUUGAAGAGGACAGUCCUAUCAGAGGUGCAGAUGGUCUCAUGCCGGGAGACUUGAUACUAGAGUACGGCUCAGUUCAUAUGAAGAAUAAAACAGUAGAGGAAGCCUAUCUGGAAAUGCUAAAGCCAGCAGAAACGGUCACGUUUAGAGUCCAGCAUCGUCUAGAUGAGUUCAACCAGGCGAAAGACACUCCUGGAGACGGAUUCUAUAUCAGAGCACUUUAUGACCGAGUUGCUGAGACCGAGCUCGACCUCUCUUUUAAGAAAGAUGACAUCCUUUAUGUCGACGAUACUCUACCGAACGGCAACUUUGGCACAUGGAUGGCCUGGCAACUUGACGAAAAUGCACAGAAAAUUCAAAGAGGGCAGAUUCCUAGUAAAUAUAUGAUGGACCAGGAGUUUUACCGCAGACACAGUAUGACUGAACUGAAGGAUGAGACGGGCUCCAGUAAGACGCUCUCCGCAGCCGCGAGAAGAUCCUUCUUCCGUAGGAAACAGAAACACAAACGUAGCAGCUCCAAAGAUGGGAAAGACGUGGUUGCCUUGGAUGCGAUCAGCACAGACUCUCUUCCAUUCCUAGAUGACUGUGUGAGUCUGGCUUAUCAAAGAGUGCAGAAAAUUGACUGCACGUCGCCCAGACCAGUGCUGAUCCUGGGACCGCUGGUGGAUGCUGUUAAAGAUAUGCUGGUCAAGGAAUCACCAGGGAAAUUCAGCAGAUGUUUGCUUGAGGUGAUGAAAGCCUCUCAGCAGGCCAUCGAGCGUGGCGUGAAAGACUUUCUCUUCAUCGACUACAAACGGAGGAGCGGCCAUUUUGAUGUCACUACUGUUGCCUCUAUCAAGGAGAUCACAGACAAGGAUUGUCACUGUUUGCUUGACAUUGCCCCUCACGCUAUCGAGCGGCUUCACAGCGUACACAUUUACCCAAUCGUCAUAUUCAUUCGCUACAAAAAUUCAAAGCAGAUAAAAGAACAGAAGGAUCCGGUUUAUCUGCGGGAUAAAGUCUCUCAAAAACAUUCCAAGGAGCAGUUUGAGAUUGCACAGAAAAUAGAGCAGGAAUAUAGCAAAUUCUUCACAGGUAUCGUUCAAGGAGGCACCUUGCCCUACAUUUGCACUCAGAUCGUGACUAUUGUGGAUCAGGAACAGAGUAAAGUUUUGUGGACACCGUUGGGCUCUCCGUAGAGGGUCUCCUCUAUGUGUACCCCCUCUCGUCUGAGCUUAUAAACACUAGACUUUAUAUGCACCACAUGCAAAGGUACACUAACAUAACAAGCGUCACGUAAAGAUAGCGAUUAUUUUAAUAUUUGUUUUUUACGUUAUAAAUUGUAAGUCUCUUUGUAUAUAUAUGCGCUUGUAUGUAUGAGUGUCUAUAGGGGUGUGUUUGUGUGUGUGUGAACGUUUAUGCUUGCUAGCAUGUGUGUGUGCAGUAUGUAUGCAGGACGAUAGCACUGAAGUAUUUGUUUAUUUUCUUUGGUCUUCCUGAUGGACGUGUAAUGUUUAGCAAUGCUGCAUUCAAGACCUGUUUACAGAGCAGUGAGUCUGUGAAUUUUUAAUGUCUGUCUGAAUGUGUACUCAUCCUUAUGUUCUCCCAAUGACCCCUUGCCCCUGAAAAAGCCCCGACCCUCAGUUUUACCAAAACGGUAUGCCUCCCGUGUUUCGGCUCAAGGACUGAAUUUCCGUGUUUAAGAGUAAUUUGUGAAGUUUGUCUUGUAGAUGUCAGUGAGUGUUGAUUUUGAAAUCAUAUUGCAUAUUGAGCUGAGACAGACAGCAGCUAAGCGGUUUCUACGGGCCAAAUGGAAGUGCCUUUGGAGAUAUACUGAGCGUAUGACAAUGGCAUGGUAUUUAAAAAGUUAAACUUCUCAGUUUGCACUCCAGGGCUAGACAGACCACUGUGUUCUAUGAGAUCUCUUAGCAUUCUCAUAGCAGAGCUUAUAUUUAAAGAUAAUAUCUGAUGUAACACUUGUACUCGUGCAUACAAACUGAAGUACAGGCACACGCUUAUGUGUAUGUAUGCAAUUUCAUCUAAAUAUAUAGAAAUAUAUUUACUGUAUUUUUACUAGGUUAUGGGCCUAGGGGAGACUAGCAGUCAUGUCUAAGCAAAAAUUUGCGCGUGCGUGUGUGUGUGGAGGAGAGAGAGAGAGAGAAUUGAAUGCAUGUUUAUUGGUUAGUCACUUUUAAAUGUAAUAUCCACUAAUAAACAUCAUAGAAAAGUUCUGUGAUGCAAACCUGAAUAGGUUUUAAUAUUAGUGGUUUUUCAUUGCUAUUUAAUUUCUCUUUUAUUAAAGAGGCAGGUUAUGUAUCUCAUGCAGACCAGUAGCCCCAGCAUUAAUGUUGUGCCAAAAAACCAAGUCAUGUCAUUUUCUUUUCAUUGUCUGUUUUGCACUUCAAUACUAUGAAUCCUUAACAAAUGACUGUUUGUACGUUUCGGCACAGAAAUAGGUACUGUUUGUUUUUACUGUAGUUGUAAUUCGUGUAUAACUCCUGGUCCAUACAUUUCAUUCAAUGCCUUUUUAUUUUAUUUUCUUUUUUAAAGAGAAACACUACAUCCGGUGUCAUUUAAAAAGGGAUUUCUUUUUUGCACAGUUUGUUUUUCAAAGCAAGAUCCAUAUGUUAAGCAUUGGGUUGAAAUGAUACAUUUUGUUAAGUGAAUCUAAUGUCUAACUAUUUUUCUGAAUACAGUAACUUGUACGGUUUCAAUGAGAGGGAUUCAUCACAACACGAAUGAGUACUGUUAAGACAGGUACUGUUGCGAUUUUGAUUUUCUUUUAUUAUAAAAGAACGCGAUUUGUAUGAAAAUGUUCAAGACAUUAAUGCAAAAAUAAAAGUCAUUUUCUGUA